AUGGGUUUACCUUGGUAUCGUGUUCAUAUCGUCAUAUUGAAUGAUCCCGGUCGUUUGCUUGCUGUCCAUAUAAUGCAUAUAGCUCUGGUUGCUGGUUGGGCUGGUUUGAUGGCUCUAUACGAAUUAGCGAUUUUUUAUCCCUCUGACCCUGCUCUUGAUCCAAUGUGGAGACAAGGGAUGUUUGUUAUACCCUUAAUGACUCGUUUAGGAAUAAAAAAUUCAUGGGGCGGUUGGAGUAUCACAGGAGGGACUAUAACAAAUCCGAGUAUUUGGAGUUACGAAGGUGUGGCCGGUGCACAUAUUGUGUUUUCUAGCUUAUGCUUUUUGGCAGCUAUCUGGCACUGGGUGUAUUAGGAUCUAGAAAUAUUUUAUGAUGAACAUAUAGGAAAACCUUUGGCUUUGCCCAAAAUCUUUGGAAUUCAUUUAUUUCUUUCAGGGUUGGCUUGCUUUGGUUUUGGCGCAUUUCAUGUAACAGGGUUGUAUGGUCUGGGAAUAUGGGUAUCCGAUCCUUAUGGACUAACCGGAAGGUGACAAUCUGUAAAUCCGGUGUGGGGUGUGGAAGGUUUUGAUCCUUUUGAUCCGGGAGGAAUAGCCUCUUAUCAUAUUGUAGCAGGGACCUUGGGCAUAUUAGCAGGUCUAUUCCAUCUUAGCAUCCAUCUGCCCGAACGUCUAUACAAAGGAUUACGUAUGGGAAAUAUUGGAACCGUCCUUUACAGUAGUAUCGCUGCUGUCUUUUUUACAGCUUUUGUGGAUGCUGGAACUAUGUGGUAUGGUUCGGCAACUACCCCGAUUGAAUUAUUUGGUCACACUCGUUAUCAAUGGGAUCAAGGAUACUUUUAAAAAGAAAUAUAUCGAUGAGUUAGUGCUAGGCUAGCCGAACAUGAAAAUUUAUCCAAAUCUUGGUCUAAAAUUCCUAAAAAAUUAGCUUUUUAUGAUUACAUCGGCAAUAAUCCAGCAAAGGGGGGAUUAUUCAGAGUGGGCUUAAUAGAAAAUGGGGAUGGAAUUGCUGUUGGGUGGUUAGGACACCCUAUUUUUAAAGAUAAAGAGGGUCGUGAACUUUUUGUACGUCGUAUGCCUACUUUUUUUGAAACAUUUCUGGUUGUUUUGGUAGACAGAGACGGAAUUGUUAGAGCCAAUGUUCCUUUUAGAAAGGUAGAAUCGAAAUACAGUGUCGAAUAAGUAGGUGUAACUGUUAAGUUCUAUGGUGGUGAACUCAAUGGAGUCAGUUACAGUGAUCCUGCUACUAUGAAAAAAUAUGCUAGAUGUGCUCAAUUGGGUGAAAUUUUUGAAUUAGAUCGUGGUACUUUGAAAUCUGAUGGUGUUUCUUGUAGCAGUCCGAGGGGUUGGUUUACUUUUGGACAUGUUUCAUUUGCUUCUCUUUUCUUCAGACAUAUUUGGCAUGGUGCUAGAACCUUGUUCAGAGAUGUUUUCACUGGUAUUGACCCUGAUUUGGAUGCUCAAGUAGAAUUUGGAGCAUUCCAAAAACUUGGAGAUCCAACUACAAGAAGACAAGUAAUCUGAUAGAAUAUUGUUUUGUUAUUUUUCAUUCUUAGUUUUGUGAGUAGGGUACCAAAUAAAUCUUGAUUUGAAUCGCUACCUUUUCUUUGACUCUUGCUCUUUCUUUAUCCGAGAGACAAUCCCAAAUAAACAGGUAUAGAAGCUAUAAUUGUAUGUAAACCAUGAUCAAAUCUAUGGAAGCAUUAGUUUAUACAUUCCUCUUAGUCUCAACUUUAGGAAUAAUUUUUUUCGCUAUCUUUUUUCAAGAACCACCUAAAGUUCCAACUAAAAAGGUGAAAUGAUUUUUCAUUA